GUCUGUCCAUGUCAGUACCAAUCCAGGUGACUAGUACACAGUCCGUAUACAAGUGAGGCCCUGUCCUCAGGCUGGGAUAUUCUCUGUUGUGUAUUCUGUAGCAAGUGGGAUGCAUUGUACCAAGUGGAAUGGAUUCAGAACAGGUCUAGCAAGUCAACCCUGGACAGCUCAAACUGUGAGCCAUCUGUAGCAGCAAAGUGUUGUUGAAGUCCAGUUUGUCUCACCACGUACCCCACUCUAGUGUUACCAUAAAAGCAGGGCACAGUCCCUACAGGACAGCACACCUUUGGCAGCUCUUUCCAAAGCGUUAUGUAAAGGAACACAGGUGCUUGGGAAUGCCACCAUUUGGAAUAUUUCCUCCAAGACAAUCACCAGCUUGACUUGGAAUGAUAUUGCCAUUUCUUGACUGUCAAUGGGUCAAAACCCUGACAUUCCAUCAUUAACAGAACAGUGAGAAUACCGAAACCAAAUGGACUGUAGCAGUUUAAGAAGUUGGCUACCCACUAUCUCUUCAAUGGCAGUGGGGGAUGCACAGUGCUGGCAUGUCCAGUGCUGAUCCUACCAUUGACAAAAAGGCCCUAUGCUCUGAGGCUCUGCUGUCAGCCAAUGUCCAGAACAGAUCUGUCCGCCUUCACGUAUCUCUGAAGCACGAUGUCAUGCUUGGAAUCAAGAAGAUCAGUUGGCCUCUGUUCCGUUCCUGGCACCUCUGGUCGCCCGCUCUCCAAGAGGAGCUCCCCAUCGGAGAGAGGAACUGAAAGUCUUGUCAUCUCGAGAGAAACCGCACACAGAAUAAAACUGCCUCAAACUUUAACUAGUCAUCAGCUUGACUAACAUAUGACUGAAGGCGAAGAUGCACACUGUGCAAACUGGAUGAAGCAAUUGAGAAUGACAAGUUGAUUUGAUCUGGAAGUGGAACCUGACCUCUUUAUCCCAACUUGCACUCGGCCCCAUUCGCUCACUUACUCAGUGCUUAUUGACUUAGUGGAUCCUUUCUGGCAAGGCCUUCAUUUUAAAAUGUUCGUCCUUGUGUUCAAAGCUUUCUGUCACCUUGUUCCUUCCUAUAUAUGAUCUCCUCCAGCCUUACAACGCAUUGGGUUCUUUGAAUUUCUCCAAUUCUGGCGCCGAGCACAUCCCAGAUUUUAAUCGCUCGUCAGAUGUCAAGGCACAAGGCUCUGGAAUUCUCUCAUUUAAAAUGCUGUCCAGUUUCAGCUGCUGAGUCUUCUUGCCCACCAGGUCUGGUCACCUCUCCACAUAUCUUCAAAUGUUUAAAGUGGGAAUGGACUGCCAAUCAGAAACAACUGACUGAUCUCCAGAAAUGUCACCGGGCCAAGAAGGACAUGAUUGUGAAGAUGAAGAAAAGGGACGAGGAAAAGAUUGUGGGAAUCCAGAGGGAAUCAGCUGAGCUCCAGCUAAGAGUGAGGAGUGACUUUGAGAAGAUACACCAGAUCCUGUGGAAGGAGGAGAGCAGCCUGAUGACUGAACUGCAGCGGGACUCGGCGUCUGCUCUGGAGAAGCUGCAGAGACACAUCGAGCAGCUGGACACAGGACUAGGGGAAUUGGAGCAGCUCAUCAGCAGGACCCAGGCUUGUCUGGAGCAGCUAAAGACCACGGUGCUGUUUGAGACCCGGGGUCUAGCAGACAGCGUGCACAUCGAGAAUGAGCCUGAUGUUAGUGGUCACCUUCGUAAUGCCCGUUACACUGGGCCCCUUCAGUACAUCGUGUGGAAGAAGAUGUACAAAUCCCUGGAAUCAGCUCCAACCCGAUUGACCUUUGACCCAAAAACGGCUCACCCUAACCUGGUGCUGUCUGAGGAUCUGCUCAGUGUCCGCGAGGUCGAUGAGCAGCAGCCUGUGGCCAACAAUCCCGAACGAUUCGAUAAGUGCGUCAAUAUCCUGAGCUCUCAGAGCUUCUCCAGUGGGAGGCACUACUGGGAGGUGGGAGUGGCUGGAAAGACCAAGUGGGACCUGGGUAUUGCCAAGGAGUCAGUGGACCGCAAGGUUGUGGUCAAGAUCGCACCUUCCAAUGGCUACUGGACCCUCCGCCUGAGGGACAGCGAGACAUACUGGGCUGGCACGUUGCCGUGGAAACGGCUGCCCAUCCAGAAGAAGCUGAAGCGGAUCGGCGUGUUCCUGGAUUUUGAUGAUGGCCGCCUCUCGUUCUACGAUGCUGAGGACAUGUCUCACCUCCUGACCUUCCGCCAGACCUUCUCGGAGAGGGUCUUUGCCUUCUUUAGUACCUGCUUCAGUGACGGUGGGCUCAACUCUGCGCCCCUCCAACUCUGCAAUGGCAGCCUGUGAAAAGGGGCUAGGAUAGGAGGGGAGAGGGGCCUGGCCUGGCCUGGGGUGGGCACGGAGGGGGAAGGGGGUGUUAGAAUGCAGUGACCGUUCCCUGCAACAUGAACAGUGAAGCUGUGAUCUUGCAGCUUUCCUGGCGCUGGGAUCCACGACCUAUCCUCCCCUCAUCCCCCUUCAGUUCCUGAGAUUGAGAGGGCGCAACAGAGAUCUCAACAUUCUGCUGUUCUCUUAAUGACCCUCUCCUCCUCCUCCUCCUCCUCCUUCCUUCCACCCCCGUCUUCCCCCAGUCUUUGCUUUCUCCCUCUCUCCCUGGAUCCCACAUUAACUAGAAGUGGGGGCAGGGUGGGGUAAUGACCCUUUCACCAGUUGCACAGUCGCCCCCUGCUGAUGGUUAAGGGUCCAAGGGAGAGUUUUCCCAAAUUCACCUUCUUUUGGAAUAAUGAGGUUCCUACCAUCUAGUGGUGACUUUUAGAACUGCAGCUACAAAAAUCUGCUUUGACAUUAAUCAAUUUAACCUAUUAAAUUUAGUGGAUUAAGUCAGAAAUUUCUGUGAUUUGGAAAGUUGGGUUUACCUUUUCCUAUGUUAAACUUUCUAUGACUUUAAACAUUUUGGUGACAAGAGGAAGAUUUGUCACUCUCCCUCUUGUGUAUCUCAAUUUUUUUUCUCGGUUCUUGUAUUUCUGUCACUCUUGCUCGAAGACUCUCUCUCGCUCUCUCUGUCUGUGUGUGUGUAUACCUUUAUCAUGAGCUCUUUUGUACUUGUUUAUCUUGUGGUACCUAGCUCCUCCUCCUCCUUCCAAACACAGAUCUUUUAGACAGCAAACAGUAAUUUCUUUAAUUUGUUUUCACUUAUAAAUGGAUAGAUCAUGGAUGGUUUAUAAAUAAUCUAUUGCAGUUGAUUUAUGUUUUACUUUAAGUUGAAUAAUCAGAGCUCCUAUAAGGUUUUAUUGAAGCAAAUAAUCAACUUUUUUUAUUUAGUUAGCAAUGUGUAGUUUUGGAAAAUUGCUGAAAUCAUUGAGCCAUUCCUCACUGUUCGUGUGUCUGAGAGGUACACUGAGUGGAACAUGUGUCACUUCCAUAUUUUAUGGUCGGGGCAUUGUCUCGGAAAGGCACCUAACGUGUUAGAUGUUGAGCAACCAGGGAACAGGAUAAAUGAUAUUGUACAUGCUUUGUUAUGAACAGUAUUUUGAAAAUUCUGCUUUAUUUUCUGAUUUCUGUUUUUUUUCUGUAUUCCUUAUUAAAAAUUAAAACCUGCAUUGUGAAAA